AUGCCACGACGCGGGACUAAACGUGUGUCAGUUCAGCACACACAGGAACGUGUCCGCAAUAACCAGCGUCGCCAUCGAGCUCGUCGAAGGGACUACAUCGCAUCGCUGGAACAAAAGCUCAUCGAAGCAGAACAGACUAUUUUGACACUCAGGACUCAAGUGAAGGCUCUGCAAGCUCCGUCGACACGACGCUGCUCCCAGAGGCAUGAUCAAGAUGAGCAAGAUUCCAGCAUCCCGCUUCCGCUACAAACAGAAAACCAGGAUGAUAUUGUCGAUAAUUUUGAGGCAUACAGUACUGUCUCUGGUACGCGGAAUAUCACAGCUUGGGAUACUCCCAUCCUAGCUUCUACCGAGCCAUUCAUUUCCAGUACUCAACCGAGAUCAGAAGUAAAUAGCCCCAUCUCUGUAUCGCCUAUUCUCAUAGCUCAAUCAUCCAAGCUGGAAACCGAACCUCUUCAGGGAACAAGGCUUGUCUCAGACCAGGCCGUUGCAGAGCCUAACAGUUUGCUGCCCACAACAGUCAUACAAAACCACGUGCCAGCACCGACAACAGCCUGUUGCUCCGACAAUGAUCUUGAAACGGAUUCACAAGUGACAGUCAAAACAAAAGACAGCGAAGCCAUCGUGCUGGAUCAGGAUACCUCACCGAUCAUGCCUCGAUACCUACCAGAGAUGGAGACCUGCUAUCAAGUACGGCCUUAUGAGUCCACAAUGCCUUGCUCCGAAGCAUUUAUUCUCAUCACGCAGCAGAACUUCAAGGGUAUGGAGCAAGGUGACGUUGCAGCCUGGUUAUGGGAUGGCUUUCGCAAGCCAAAUCAGCCCGGCGAGGGAUGUCGCGUUCAAACAGGUAUACUAUUUAGUCUCCUGGCAUUCAUUAGCGAGACGUCAUUCGAAGUUCCGGCAAAGGUGAUGCCUUGA